UAAUCAGCUAAUCGUACAUAACACAUAUACCCAAGUUCCCUACCUCUAUUUCAUAUUUUGUACGUUUCAUCAAUUUUCUUCUUUCUUUCUCUCUCUCUCUCUCUACAGCUCUGUCUCGUUGAUCGAGUCUUAUUCAUGGCUUCCAAGCGGAUCUUGAAGGAGCUCAAGGAUCUCCAGAAAGAUCCUCCUACAUCUUGCAGUGCUGGUCCUGUGGCUGAAGACAUGUUUCAUUGGCAAGCCACCAUAAUGGGUCCUGCAGAUAGCCCUUAUGCAGGGGGAGUAUUUCUAGUUACAAUUCACUUCCCUCCUGAUUAUCCAUUUAAGCCACCCAAGGUUGCAUUUAGGACAAAGGUUUUUCAUCCAAAUAUUAACAGCAAUGGCAGCAUAUGUCUCGAUAUAUUAAAAGAACAGUGGAGCCCAGCAUUGACAAUAUCCAAGGUUCUGCUCUCAAUUUGUUCCCUCUUGACGGACCCCAACCCAGAUGAUCCACUGGUGCCGGAAAUUGCUCAUAUGUAUAAGACAGACCGGGCCAAGUAUGAAUCAACUGCUAGGAGCUGGACCCAAAAAUAUGCCAUGGGCUAGGACACUGUCAUUCCGUUCCUUAUUUAUGUAUAAAUGAAAGACCAAGUGUGAUCUGUUUUCUUUACUCUUGUCCUGUCAAUGGAGUAGUGAAGUUGUUUUAGCUUUGUUUGUAUUCAAAUUGAUGUUUAGAACCAUGUAAUGUAAGAUGGGUAACUAAUCUUGUUAAAUAUGCAACAGUAGUUCUGUGAA